GUCGGAGGGCGGACGAAACGUCAAAUUUAUGUCGUAAUAUUGAUUGUGCAAUGAAUCUGUGUUUAUUUGACGAUAUUAUUGAAUUGUCAUACUUAUCGAAACCUUGGAGAAAUAAAAACGAUAAUGUGUUGAAUUAAAAUAUAAACGCGCACCUUGAUGUUUAAUUUUAUCCAUAAUAUUUUACGAAAAGGGAAUAUAAUUUUGGUAUACAUUUAUCGAGUCAAUUAUAACGAUUAAAUUGUAAUUAUGGUGGAGAACGGUGGUUCCAGCGGUGGAAGCGAGAGUCCCAAUGCGACGUGUGCCCGGUCAGGACUGCUGGAGACGUUGGUGCGCGGUGUCUGGUACCGAGUGCAUUGUUCUCUCGAAGAUGAUUACCUGAGCGUAUCGUUAGACGAUGGCUACGAUGCUACCACUACUCUUAAUGGAACAUUAAAUAACAAUAACGUAGAAACUCCAAACAGUGACUUCACAGAGGUGCCUGAAGCUAUUGCCAAUCAGAAACGCCUGGUGCAAGUUGUAAAAUCAGACAAUAAUGGUUUAGGUAUAUCUAUAAAGGGAGGGAUAGAAAAUAAUAUGCCUAUAUUGAUAUCGAAAAUUUUUAAAGGCAUGGCCGCUGAUCUUACUGAACAAUUGUAUGUUGGUGAUGCUAUUCUUUCUGUUAAUGGUGAGGACUUGAAGGAUGCAACACAUGAAGAAGCUGUGAAAGCAUUAAAAAGAGCAGGCAAAAUGGUGCAGUUGGAAGUGAAAUAUCUGCGUGAAGUGACGCCUUAUUUCCGUAAGGCGUCCAUCAUUAGCGAAGUUGGUUGGGAGCUGCAGCGUGGCUAUAUGGCUGAGGCGCCGCCCUCGCCGCCGUCACCCAGGCGACGGCGCGCGGACACCCGCUAUGUGCCGUUGCUCAUGGCUUGUGUGGCGAAAAACCUCCGCCACCAUGAUCCAGAGGAGCGUAUAAUCGAGUUGUACUCGCCUGACGGGGUGCAUGCGCUGGCGUUGCGAGCGGGGUGCGCGGGCGCGGCGUACCGCCGCCCGCUGCACGCGCUGCGCGCCUCCGCGGACGACGACGCCGCGCUCUGGCUGCACUUCGCUGAUGAUGAUACCCUGGAGUUGGACAUGGAGGGUAGUCCGAAGCCGGCGGUCUUCAUUCUGCACAACUUGCUGUCUGCGCGCGUGCACUCGCUGCCGGGGGAGGAGAUCGCAAACCCACUAUAACAUAACCCUUAUAUAUAACGUAUUCAAAUACAUAAACUAAAUAAAGGUGUGUAUACACUGUCAACACAAUUGAUAUUGCCAUCUGUCAUUCUCCUAGACAAAAUAGACUGCAACUGAAAAUACAUUCGAUGUUUGCUGAUACAACUGUAAAUUAACAAAAUAAAAGUUUUAUGUACUAACUAUAGGAGAAUAUUACUAGUUUUUGUCAAAAACAUAGGUCAUUUGAUAGAAAUUUCAUCUUUAUGUUCCGUGUGAUUUUGUAUGUUGCACUUUAUUGUUUUUGUCAUGAUAUAAAAGAAAGUAUGCUCCUUUUCAUUAACUAAAAGCAAAGAAAAAUACAUUUUGUUUAAGUACAAUCUCGUAAUAAAAUGUAUUGUUUUGAUAUUAAUAGAAUGGAUACACAUUAUUUUGAUAAUUGUAUGACUGAAUGAAUGAAACAAUCGAAGUCAUUCAAUCGAUAUUUUUGACAGCUAUUUUUUUUAAUAUAAUGAUUGACAGAUGAUCAAUAGUUUGACAAUAAAGGUAAGGUUAGAAUAAAAUGAACCUUUCAUGAGAUCUGUCUUCUAUUUUUUAUUAUUAGCGUUCUAGUGUGGACGCAUCUUUACAUUACGUAUGAAAAUCCAAAUUUGUACCCCAUUUCUACCUCUCAGAUAUUUGCUUUAUAAAUAAAACGACAAAAUUAUGGCAUAACUAAUUUAAUUGUUAAGUUUUUAUUAUACUAAUUGUUUUUUUUUAAUAUUUUUUUAUAUUUCGUUGUGGAAUACGUAAGUUAUAUUUGUGAAAAUCGAAGACAUUUGUAAAAGACUUGGAAAAAAAUAGUUUCUUACUUUUUGUAUUAAUAUUUUUCACUUUAUUAAUGCACUUUUUGUUAUGUAUUUUUAUUCCAAAUAAUGUAUGGAGUUUAAUUUCUCCGCUGCACUGAUUUAGUAAUAUUUAACAUUUAUUUAAUUGAAACCUGGAUCUGUUUAUUUUUUUUACUAAUAAGUUUUUACUAUUUAUGUCUCGAAUAUUUUAUACUGGCAAUUGUAACAUUCCAAUUUAAUUAAUUAGUAGUAAUUAAAAAAAAACUCUGACAUCUAAGGCCUCGCAUGUGUUCAGUAUGUAUGAUAAAAACGGCUUCAUGUGGCAUCUUGUAAUUGGCAUUUUCAAGGUUAGAAAAAAUGUGUAAAUGAUUCUGUGUUGCCUUGCGUAGAAAGCUAAAAGCAACUAUUAUCAGAAAAUGUAAAAUCUCUUAUUCUAUAUAUGUGCUAAAUCUUCAAUCAAAAUCGGUAAAAAAGUGUUCAAGAAUGGUACAAUUAAAAAAAUUGUACGAAAUGAAAAAAAAAUAUUACGAUAAAUUGCUUCGCUGAUGUAUCUUGAACACUUUUGUUUCUGACUGUACUUUAUUUUAUUUUAUUCCCGUUUUCAUAUAAUUUAUGGCAUAGCUGUCCGUAGGGGUGUCAACGGCCUAUUUUCUCGUUAUUCUCAUACUAUCUACGGCAGUAACUUCCAAAGAAUAUCUCCUUUGAUAGUAUUUUUUCACAUUUUUAGACAGCAUAAUUUGUUGAUAUAUUUUUGUAAUUUAUUAGUUGUAUAUAUGUAGUUAGUGUUUUUUUAUGUGACCCGUUACAUUCCCAGAAUGUAGAACAAUAUACAUAUUUGCUUUAAUUAGGUAGUUUUUAACCUCAUACUUUUUAAGGGUUUUUUAACUUAGUAUUGUAUGAUAAAGUAGUUAAAAUAGUGCGGUAUUUGGGCAAUAUUUGUGGUGAUACAUUUGUAAGCGGGUAGUUUGUAGUAAAGUUACACAAAUGCAUCCAAUGAAUAAAGUUACAUUUUUUUUAUUACAAAAUGGCAAACGAGCAAGAGCAAGUGAAGUGACCGAUGCCCAUAGACAUUCGUAAUUAAGAAUGCGUUGCCUUAAAUCGACGGAGGAAGAGACGCAAAUAAAGAUGUCUCCACCGACAAAUUAAUUCCCUUUCCAUCCCAUUCUUAUCAGAAAAAGGAUGGGAAGGAAAACGGACUAAAGUUUCGCCUCCGGCACCACACUCGUUUUCUAGAGAUGUAACCUUUUUUAUAGGAUGCGUUAAAAUUUCUAACAUUUCGAAUGCUUUGAUGAAAGAUGGCGAUUUCUUAUGUGUACCUUGCCUUAAUCUCAUGAUUUCUGAUAUUUAUACAGGCUUUUUAAUUAUAAUCUAUGUAUUCGACGAGAUCUUUUGAUAAACAAAAAUGUUUCUAUAAAAUUUGCUGUGUUGUUUUUUUGUUAAAAAUCAUCACAAUUUAUUCGAUUUUACCAAUAUUUUAUUACUUUUUUAAGAUAUGCGUAGUUUUAAAUUUUAAAUUUUCAUAUUAUUUGUUUUGUUAGUGACUGUAUUAAUCUCGUGAAACUCAAUAUGCUUUUAUAUUUUUACAUUUAUAUUUGUGUAAUACCAGUAUUUUUGGUACGAAAAGACUAGUACGGUUCCAUUAACUAAUUAAUAUAGAAUUAAGUUAGAAUAAGUGCAUUAAGAUAUUUAAUCACAAUAUUACUGGAAUUAAUUUUUACUUUGGCAAUACUUACAUUUAAAUAUUGGAGUUCCGUAGCUUUUUUAUUAAUACGAAAUUUAAUAUUUUACAACGACAGUUUUUUUUAAAUCCUAUUGGAUACUGAUUAUUUCUUUACGGAACCCCAAAAAACACAAAGGAGGCAUGUUUUUUUAAUUAUCUUCUUUUUAUAAGUAACAAUUAUAACUUAAUUGUUCUUUAACAGAUUACCAUAAACAUUAGUGUUGCCAUUUAAGAAAUAUUAAUAAUCAGUAUUCUUUUCCGAUUAAUUCGUUAUUCUUUGAGAAAUUGUUAUAUCAUGCCUUCUUUGUGUUAUGUUGUCUUUUAUAUCUAAUGCAUAAUAAGUUACCAUUUUUUCUUAAUAAGUCACUAAAAUCUUGUAGCGUAGCUUCAACGAAGUAGCCCACACAAUGUCUUAUCUGAAUUUGUUGCCAUAUCAAUUUAUACGAAAUUAGGCAUAAACGAUAUGUAAUGUAGAAUUUCUACGAUUUUUCUGUAACACUAUAUUACUGAAUGUAUUUUACAGUAAAUUUUCCUAAGACUUUGUACUUUUAAAUAUAUCAGAAUAUCUCGAACAUAUAAUUCCUGCCCUAUAUACUGUAUUAAUGUUUUUUAAUGAUGUUUCUCUCUAGAUUUUUGAAUUGUAAAAUUUGUACGACAUAAAAUCAGAUAACGAUAGAGUUACAGGAUAUUAAACUCUUUUGGCUAUAAAAUAAGUUUCAUAUUUGUAUUCUUACCUUAAAUACUCAAGAAUUCCUUGACAGCCAUUCUCAGUGUUGCAAUUAAAAAAAAAAGUUCAGAGAAAUGUAACAGCGGUUUUAAUACAACGAAAUUCUCAUGUCGGGUUUUUAUUGUUAUUUCAUAAAACACUGAUAACCGUUUUUUAUUCAUACUUUUUUAUUUUUCCUAAUAAUUCUUGAGAGUUUGUAAAUUUUAAAUUGCAACACUGAGCUUACGGUGUUUCGUAAUACAACGAUCUAGCAAUGUUUUGUGUUCUAUAUUCAAAUUUGAAGGUUUUUUACUGCACCAAAGAUAUAUUACCAUAGAGUACAAUUAUGUGCUCUUUGGUAUUUCGCACAAUUGACAGCAAUAGACACUGCCUUAAUAUAAUGAUAUAUUUUUAAAAUAACACU